AUGGGAGGAUCUCGAUUAAUGGCCAUCAGUGAAGUCAACUAUAUGGGUGGGAUUGUCCCCACAGAGGCAUUGACAAGUCAUCAAGAACACUUAGCCAAGCUCGUGGACAAGUCUCUGGCAUCCCUUCCACUCAUUGCAACUGAGACUUGCGAUUCAAAAAUAUUGCACCUCCGGAAUGGGGAGCGCAGACAAAAACCAGAUUUCGUCUCUGUUACGCGCGGGCCGGGAAUGCAGGCCAACCUAGGGGUAGGCGUCAAUACUGCGAAGGGACUCGCAACAGCAUGGCAGAUACCAAUCGUAGGGGCACAUCACAUGCAGGGACAUACGCUCACCUCGAGGCUGGUGGAUGCGGUCGACAGAGACGCAAAGAGGCCAGCGAACUCGAUUCAACCAGCAUUUCCAUUUCUCACAUUGCUGGUCAGUGGGGGCCAUACUAUGCUGGUUUACUCGGAAGGUUUGGUCAAGCACAAAAUAAUCGCUACAACAAAGGACAACGCUAUUGGGGAUGAAUUGGACAAAUGUGGGCGGAUGAUCUUACCCAAGCAUGUGCUGGACAGCUUGCCAGACACCGGAUAUGCCAAGUACCUUUCGGAAUAUGCUUUUGGGAAUUACAAUUUUGAGGAUUGGCUGAUCCCCCAGUCAAGAAGCGCGGAGAUUGACAAGCCUCUGACCAAGUUCGGAUGGAAAAUCCCUAUUCCAAUGGUCCGUAACAGAGAGUUGGCUUUCACUUUUGGUGGCAUAUCGAGCACGGUGAGAAAGAUUGUAAGCAAUCAGACAGGAGACCUACAGGGACGAGGCUUGUGCGAGGAAGAGCGAUUGAUGCUAGCAAGAAUGGCCAUUGGUGCAGCGUUUGACAGUUUGGGCUCCCGAAUUAUCAUUGCCCUGGAGAUGCUCCGCGAUCGUGGCGUUGAGAUAUCUACGCUGGUGGUGAGCGGAGGGGUUGCAGCCAACGACUUCCUGCGGUUUCAUCUACGACGAACACUCGACGCGAGAAAAAUGGGACACGUUGGUCUCAACUUUCCACCCGUGGAACUGUGCACAGACAACGCAGCGAUGAUUGGUUGGGCAGGGAUCGAAAUGUUCGAAGCAGGAUAUCACUCGGACAUGGCCUUUCAGCCCCAGCGCAGUUGGAGCAUGGAUAGCGAAGCCGAAGAUGGAGGCAUUUUGGGUAUUGGAGGAUGGAGGACGAGAUAG